AUGGUGGAAGAAGAAAAAGAAAACCCCCUCAUAGCUCUAAGGCCUCGACAGUCACAGACAUUGGGGAAAAUAGAGAUGCCAGUCUGGGAGGACUACUUCACCAACAUCCUAAAUCAACAAAGAAUCGUCGAAGCUCAUGAAACAACAAGACAAUACGAAGACAUCAGAAGAAUCACGGCAGAGGAAAUUAGAAACACUAUAUCAACACUGAAGAACCAGAAGGCAACAGGGCCGGACGGAAUAUUCGACGAACACAUCAAGGUAGCUCCGGAAGUUUUAAUUCCAUCAAUCACGGACAUGAUGAACUUAUGUCUGCACACAGGACGAAUCCCGGAGAGAUGGAGAACCUCGAUAGUCAGAAUGCUGUACAAGGGGAAAAGAGAACCACAUGACCCCAACUAG